AUGACGCAUCCAAGCGCGGCCAUCAGCAAUUGGCAGAUGAGAGGCUCAGCAGACAUGGCGGCCAAUGUCUUGUACUCACAUUCACCUCAAAUGCCUGAUCUGGCUUCAUCACGACCUCAUGGGCCGGGACCGAUAACGCCGGUCCAUUCCCCGCACCACUCUGUUCAUUCAUCUACCUCUUUGGGAACACCUCUUCACACAUUGUCACUUCACGAGUACCGCAAGCAACAAAGCACACCGUUGGCGCGGGUUGCGACACCUGCAGGCAAGACUCUUCGAAGGAAGGCCGCUGCGUCUGCUUUGAAUGAGAUCGAACGCGUCUCAUCCACCAAACUCGCUCACCGACACGAUUCACAUUCGUCUUCGCAGCCUUUGCACUUCUCUCGCUCGGCGCACCAACUAGCGCUCCACGAUCGCGUUUUCGAUUUGCAGCCCGUACCUGAUCAAGUGCUUCGGUCUCAGUCAGCUGAACCCCGAACACAGGGCGGCAGCCUAUCGAGGGUCGCGACCGUAGAUUUACAUGAGAAGGUACGUCAAUUUGGCUCCAGAAAGAGGCUUCCUCGGCCGUCUGCGCCAACAGGCUCUGGUUUACAUUUCCCCUCCAAUGUGUCUGUGAGACCGACACGACAAACCCACGCCCCUCCUCCUGGUUCUCUGCCUUUCCUCGCCGAUGAGUCCAAGUCGAGCGACUUGCAACCCACAGUGACGCCCUCGACAAUUUCGCUUUCACGUUUUCCCAAGCCGCCACACUUCGAAACGCCUCGGGAGACCUUGCGCGAGAAAGCACUCAGUUUCGCAACAACUGCGCCGGUAACUCCACCCGCCACUCCUGCUACCAUUCACUAUCGCGGGGCUUCUUUCGAUUUGCUGAACCCUCACGCGUCGUUGCAAUACCACGACAUCGUCACCCCUUCGAGAGAUUUCGAAUCAAGCGAGCUUUUGCCGCUGCGCUCCGCCCAAGAGUCUCUGCUGAGCCUCUCGGAGAUGGCGCCCAAGCGACCUCUGUACGGCGAUCUUAGCGCUGCGCAUGCGGGCAUUGUGCGACGCGCUGAAGAUUUCUACGGAUCGUCCGUUCUUGACCUUCCCUUACCGCCAACACCGGCAGCAAUCAGCCCAGGCUCCUCGACAUACACGUCUCCGCUCUAUAGCCCUGAGUCUCACUUCGCACCGUCCCCACUAGCUGUCAAAAAGGCCCAUAACGAGUCUCGCUUCUCUUUCAGACAGCUCACACGCACACUCACAAAGAAGAUUAGUAAGGCUCCAGAAAAAGGCGCUGAAGAAGAACUGCAACAAUUCCGAGGGCGUUGUGCGAGUGGAGUAUCGUUCGACUUAGACGAAGAGCCUUUGCGUCCACCCGAGCAAACAUACAUACCUGCAGAGAGGGCUUCGUAUUUCCCCGUCAGUCCCGUAUCGCCCACAUCUCCGACAAGUCCUGCCUCGUUACACGAUCUGGGAUCGAUCUCCGGUGAUGACGACGAUGAUUUCGAGUAUGCACGGGGAGCUUCUAGUCAGAACUAUGAGCUACAGGGCCUCACUUCCAUGGUGCCGAGUGAUCCGUCUACUCAGAUCGGCCGCGCGGAUGAUUCGGGUACCUUCCUUUUCGCCCCGGAUCAAGGAUCGCGGCCUUACUACGACGAUCUCGCGUCCAUCUAUGCUAGCUCAUCAGUAUACACCGGAGAUGAGUGCAGAAAAUCGAUCUACCAGCAAGGCAGUUCUGGCAACCGCCGGAGUAGUCUGUUCCUUCAAUAUAGCGGGAUGGACGCAGCUGGACACGCAAACGAAUACAGCUACAGCAACUUGGCAAGGAGCAGUCGCCCAAUCUCAAGACCACUCACCCAGGAUUUGCACCACCUUUCAGUGGUCACAGGAGACGGAAAGACGGAUACCAUCAGCAAAUUCAUUGAUCAGUACGAUCCUGGCAACACAACGACCAACAGCGUCUCUACGCAAGAUGUAGAGGUUGCCGAUACGUUUAGCUUGAUCGCACCUUACAUGGGCGAGGAUAAAGAAGGAUCGCGGAAAGAUUGUUCGCAGACAGCAGCACUCGUACCUGGACUCAGUCAAUUUGAGUCUACCUUAGGCCAUGAAGUCAAUGUCAGGGAUAUUGAUCAGAUGGGCAGCCAUAUGCAGAGGCUCACCAAGGAACGCUUGCUGAACCGCAAGCCCGGACGGCCUCCAUCAGCUCCUGCUCCACUAGCUCCAGCAUUCCAGUACAAUCAGCUACCUCACAAGGCCGCUUAUCACGAGCUUUCGGACAUGUUCUCAGGCGGAUCACAUGCCUCUUACGGGGACACUCGGAACCUCUUGCAACUCCCACAGUCGGAGAUAGGCGGACAGACCAUGUUCAAGCAAGAUAUCCAUCCAUCGUCUUCGUAUUCGCAAUUGGAAAACCGAGUUCUCGAGCCAUCGUCGUCUUACUCACAGGCAGAAGAAGGAAACGCAGGCCCCCAGACACCACAGGAAGCACUCGAUCAGGCAGAACUCAUUUUCAAAAAUGCAGUCACUGAGCUCGAGCCAGACCUCGAGGACAUUCCAGCAAUGUGGGGCAAACGAAGCUCAGUAAAUCUACUUCGUAGUAGGAGGCUAACAGAUGGAUCUGUGGGAACAGCCGAUGACGAGAAGGCCGAUUGGGAAACUGUCGCAGGCGGCAGCCAGCAGGGGCGGGUGUCUUUGGACAGUAUCGCUGACUACAGUAGUAGCGAGGGUAGUCGGAACAGUCUGGGCAUGGGGGCAGAUGGUUCACUCCCGUUGUGGAUGCAACAUAACCAUGCACGCGGACCAUCCAACUACAGCCAUCCCAGUCCACUACGUACACAUGCCCAUCCGUUCAGCUCAUCACCCCCUCAACUCUCAGCUCAGGCUGGUUCGCAUACCGCUCCAGAUAUGUCUACACCUGAUCAGCCAUCAAGUCCGCCAGUAUCGUUGACUGUGCCCGUCUUCCGCUUCUCCACACCAAGACGUGCGGUUGACGAACCGUACGCUCUCACACCUUGGGCUGAUCCGUACGCUCUCAGCGACAAAGAGACGCAGGAGCUACUGGCUUCUGGUCCCAACGACGACAUCUUGUUCGAAAGCGAAGGUGCUCAGGAUCCACAACGCAUGAGCUACAAAUUCAAAAGCCAUGGGGGACUGCCUGGGACUAGCUCGGCGUACAGCAUCGACGGUGACGCCGGCUUGGAGCGCGAGAAUACAUUCGACAAGCUCACGGUGGUUGGACCAAAAGGCAAUCUCACAGGCACUCCUCGAGGCACGGGGAUGCAUGACGCCGGCAGCAGUGUGGCAGACACCAGCAGCCCGGGUGCUAGAUUCAGCUCAAGUGUCGGUCAUCACAGCCCUCGCUCGGACUACGAUGGCUUCUACGCCUCUCCAUUUCCAGCUGCUGGUAGCGUGACCCGCAUACGCCAGUCACGAAUCGCUACUGGAUCUCAGCACGAGCGAUCACCAUCGCAGGUCACCCUGUUUCCCAACGCAGAAAGCAUGGAGCCCGUACAAGUUUCUUCACCGCUUGCUGGACCAGACCGUAGUAGAAGUCUGAGGGGCUCGACCACUUUCAAGCCUGCUCGUAGGACUAGCCGCGCUGCUGUGCCUGGCCAGACGAAGCUGAGGCAGAUGGUCCUUGCCCCUGAUGCGCGAACAACAACAUCAAGUCAAGACACCUCGUUCUCUCCGUUUGUGAGUGUAAGUGGCUUCGGUCGUCCUUCGACCUGCGACACGGCCACGCCAUUGCACCCAACGCAUCCCAGUCUCGACACUUUUCCGACGAUUCGCAGUGGAAAGAGUAUCAUUGCGCAUCAGCAUUCACCGCAUCUUUUGCGCCCAGAACGUGAGGUGAAGGAAGAGGACGAAGUACGCCGCCGAAAGCUUUCGUGGGUUAUUUUCGCGUGCUUCUGCAUACUGCCACCUUGCAUGUUCCUUUAUAGAAUGUGGGGAGACUCUAUCAUCGUGUCGAUUACAGAUGGCGAGCUUGGUCACUGUACAGCGAGGUCGAAGAGGGCUGCACUUAUCGCUGGAAUCGUUGUCAACAUUGGACUGAUUACAGCGAUUUUGGUCCCGAUCCUUGUUGCACAGGCGUUCAAAGCUAUAUGA